GCGGCGGCCAAAGUAAAGAUGGCGGACUUAUCGGGGACCGAGCAGCUGUCAGACGAGAAAGAAGCUGAUAUUGAGCUAAAGAAAAGACAGAAGCGACCUUGGGAGGAUUUGCACAGAUCCAUCGUUGACUCGCUUCAUCACAGCAGAGCUCACCAGAGGCUACUUCCUCGAACACAAUGAGGCAAAGUACACAGAACGCAGAGAGAGAGUUUACACAUGCAUGCGGAUUCCCAAGGAGUUGGAGAAGCUGAUGACCUUUGGCCUCUUCCUGUGUGUGGAUGCCUUCCUGUAUGUCUUCACUCUGCUGCCCCUCAGGGUGCUGCUGGCCGUGCUCCGCCUCCUCACACUGCCAUGCUGUGGUUUCAGGGCACGCACAUGCCCCUACUGCAGACGAAGCAGGUAUGCUCCCUAAAGCCUUUUAUCACUGUUAUCACUGACCUGAACUGGCCUUCACAUCCCUUCACCAGUUUCUCUUCAUCUCCAUUCUGUCUACAAAUACACAGCCCAGCUCCUCUCAUCAUGUUCUCCAACCCAGGGAGGCCAUGUCGGUUCUUUCUAAGUCUUGUGCUUUUGUUUUCUCAUCCAGGGAAGCUCCACUCUAUAGAGCACCAUCACUGUGAGAACAAGGAGUUUGUGCCACCCACAGUGAAACAAAAAACACACAGUGCAAAGGAAAACAAUAAGCAACACUGCGGGUCUCGACUGCUGCAGCCAGCACAGGUGUGUGACGUACUCAAGGGCCUGAUCCUGGUGCUGUGCUUCUCCAUGAUGCAUUAUGUGGACUACUCCAUGAUGUACCAUCUGAUCAGAGGACAGUCUGUCAUCAAACUCUACAUCAUCUACAACAUGUUGGAGGUGGCAGACCGCCUCUUCUCCUCGUUUGGUCAAGACAUCCUGGAUGCUCUUUACUGGACAGCCACAGAGCCCAAAGAAAGGAAAAGAGACAGUAUAGGAGUCAUUCCUCACUUCAUCAUGGCUGUCUUUUAUGUCUUCCUCCACUCCAUCCUCAUCAUGGUACAAGCCUCCACCCUGAACGUGGCCUUCAACUCACACAACAAGUCCCUGCUUACCAUCAUGAUGUCGAACAACUUUGUUGAAAUCAAAGGAAGUGUAUUCAAGAAAUUUGGGAAGAACAACUUAUUCCAAAUGUCUAACAGCGAUAUCAAGGAGCGGUUCACCAGCUACGUUCUCCUGCUAAUCGUAUGUCUUAGGAAUAUGGAGCAGUUUUUAUGGAAGCCAGACCACUUAUGGGUGAUGUUCCCAGAUGUCUUCAUGGUCAUUUCCUCUGAAAUUGUUGUUGACAUCAUAAAACACGCUUUUAUCACCAAAUUCAACGACAUCACCGCAGACGUGUACAGUGAAUACAGAGCUAGUUUGGCCUUCGAUCUCGUCAGCAGUCGACAAAAGAAUGCUUGUACGGACUACAGUGACUCAGUGGCUCGGAGGAUGGGCUUCAUCCCUCUCCCUUUGGCUGCUCUGCUUAUUCGAGUGGUAAUGAGUUCAGUGAAGGUGCAGGGAGCUCUUUCAUACACAUGUGUGUUCCUCUUUUAUCUCGGGCUUGUCUCACUAAAAGUGUUGAACAGUAUCGUGCUGCUGGGGAAGUCGUGUAUCUACGUCAAGAGAGCCAACAUGGAGGAUAAACUGUUUGAAAGAUCUUCCACAACCCCAUCCUCGUCUGGUAAAGGCUCCAGCGAAGCUGAGGAAAGAUGUCCUCCAUCUUCAGGAAAAUACAAAGUUGAGGAGAUCCCUGUCCCAUACUACAGCCCACCCUUCUCCUCCUCGGUGACCACCCAGCCUACUCCCAGGUCUGACCUGUUUCCUCCCCCACCUUCUGACUCCUCCUCAGCGACUACAGCUUGCCGUCCUCCUACUCCACCACCCGAACCCGAACAGACUGCAGCAUCACCUUCCAAAGAAGAGGAGGGGGAUGAAAGGAUCAAAGGAGACUCAGAGCUGAAGCACAGGACUCCCAAAAAAGACCUGUUGGAGAUCGACCGCUUCACAAUCUGUGGUAAUCGCAUUGACUGAGUCGCCUCUCAUGUAGCGAUCAAUCACUCAGGAAAGACAGAGAGCAAAAAGCCGUUCAGGCCGGCUCUCCUUGCCAACAGCAGCUGGAAGCUGCAUAUUUAUUGAAGCCAGUGGCAACGCAGUAAGUUAUUGUGAGCAUGGACACUCGGUGUCAGAUGAUCCUGCUGCUGAAGACGAGAAGUUUGGCGAGAGACAAAUGUGACAGUGGCAGCACGGUCGUCAGAAUGAACUGUCAGAGUGUGUGUGAAAGGUGUAUGUGUGAGUGUGAGAGCACAUAAGCACUUCCUGUCAGAGCAGCACUGGGACCAGAAGGAGAGAAACUUCUCAGUUUGCUCAUCAGCCGGAAAACAGAGAAAUUUCUAAACUCAUAAAUUAAGUAGAUACCUGAAUUGUUUAAUUGCUUCAGAUGUUUUUUAUCCUCAAAAUAAUCUGACUUCAGAAGUAUUACACUUUUCAAAGUAUCAUCAAACAUAACACAGCCUGCAAGAAAUAGGAGCCCGUUUUCUCUGCACAGGCUUCAUGAUCAGACCCUAAAGCUACCUAAACUACAACACACAGUAUUUAGACCUGUUGUUAACUGAAAAAUGAAAGGCCUCUAAAAAUGUCCUUCAACUUACAGUAAAGUAUUCUCAACCUGAGAGUCAUGAAGGAUGCAAGUUAAAUCAACUAUUUCUGGAAGGUUAUGAAACACGGCAUAAUGUGUCUUCAUUGUUUCCUUUUGAUCUGCUUCAUUUGUUUAGCUUUGCAUACGUCUUAGGUAUCCAAAUGAACUAAGCUAGUCACAAAGUGUGCACAUCAGUAAAGAUGGCUCCCAGUGAGACAACAGUUAGUUUGCUUAAUAGGCCUUAACGUUUGGGAAACUGCUUUGUGGAUGAGCAAGCUUUAAUUACAGUCUUUGCAUUGCUUGCGUCAGAAGCCUAAACUUUAAUGAGACUUCAGGAGUUAGAAUAUGAGUAAUGCAGCUUUAUGCUAAACAUAUUUGACAGACAAAUGAAUAUGACUCUUAAUAAGAGUCUCAGGUAAAGCUUUUUCGCUUACACAGCCAAUAGGUAAACUUAGGCCUAGUCCACAUGUAGGUGGGUAUUUUUAAAACCUGAGAUUUUCCUCAGCCAUCUUCAAAAACAAUCCUGUCCACAUGCACAGCGUUUUAAAAACUUUGUCUACAUGUCAACACAAAAACACUGCUGUUAAGAGCACAGCAUGUUAACAGUAGUCCACUUAUGUCUGUGAGUGAGCUGCUUCACCUACACAGUAAAGGACGGUGUGCUUGACAUGUGAAAAUUCUCUUACUAUUCCUUUGCUUUAUGAAUUAGCAGUGAGCUCCAUAGUCCAUUCAGGCAUCUCUGUUCAUCACACAGUAGGAGAGCAACUGUGUGUAAGCAUGGAGAAAGUUUUGUAGCAAGUCGAGUAAACAAAUUUGGCUAUGUCUUCCAUUUCUAAGGAAACAACAAUAAUGAUGUGGGGCCAAAAUCUCCAUUUUCCUUAUCAACACGUCAACACGGUGAUCAGAGUUUUCUACAAAUCCUCAUCCUGGAAUGAGUUUUCAAUAAGGUUUUUUUUUAGUAACUUAAAACAUCAUUUGUAUUUUUAUGGAAGGUCAAAACACACAGAAAUACCUUUGUUUUCAAAAAUACCCGCCAACGUGUGGACAUGGCCGAUGAAUAUGCUGCAGUCGACCCUAGAAAAGUAGGGCUCUAUUAUUAAAGAACAAUUUAGUGAGUGAUAAUAAUCGUAGUUCUCUGUCAAAUUGGGCCAACUCUUAACUUGCUGCUUUUGCCAGCCAUCAUCUGAAGUCUUCUAAAAAACUGUGAAAAAAUACACAAAAAAUAAAGAGUGCUUGAAGUGUGGAGAGAUAACAUCAAUGUUUUCUUGUCUAAGGGUACUUUUUCUCCAGUCACAAUAAAAAAUUUGGGGAUGCACAAUACUGGAUUUUUUCUGAAUUUUUGAUGUGCUGAUUUUUCCAAAUUCAUUUUAGCCAUUACUGAUAUUUAUGCCAAUAUAUAAAUGUAGUUAAGACUGAAAACUUCAGACCUUAAAACAGACAAAAAAAUUGAAGAAAGAAGAUGAGUAAAGAAAAGACUUCAGCUGAUAGAGGUCUGUUAGUCCUGCUCAAAACUCCAAACCUAUUUGUACAUACAGCUCAUAUUUACAGUCAAUAUAUGUGUUGUAAAUAUCGGCAGAAAUGUAUCAGCUAAUGUGAUAACUCUUUGAGCUGUAUCUGCCAAUAAAGGGAUUAUGCUGAUAAUAUUGUGCAUCCCUAAAAUUCACUACCUUAAAUUCCAUCCAUAAACAUCUCUUAUAGUCCUACUAAGUCUACAUUACUUUAACUAAGUACCAAAGUCUGUUUAAAUGUUUAAUUUUUCAUUCAUUUUUGGCAAAUGUUUGCACUGUUGGACCAAAUUGUCUUAAGUAGGUCGGGUCUUGUUUCUCUUUCAACUCAAAAAGAAUUGUUCUAAUGUUUACAUCGUAGAAAAUAGAAGCAAUAUUUCCUUAACAAAAUGCCUUUUUUGCAUGAGGUUUACAAUUUGUUUUGACUGAUUUAGCUUUCUAAUUUUGCCAAGACAAAAAACUAUCAAUAAUAUAUAUGAGAUGAGUUAUAUCAUAGAGCUUUCAUUGGUUGGCCAUGUAUUUAAUUGAGUGUAAGAAAUAUAUUGUAUGAUAUAAUCCUAACAUUAUGUGAGAGUUUUACAAUUCAGCUGCCAUGCCAAUUAUUAAAUUUAUGUCAAGUGAUAUUUGUUCUGUGAUUCAAGUUAAAAAUGAUGAGCAAAGCUCUGCAUCAUGUUAUGGUUCCUGCCAUGUUUAGAGUUUUUCAGCAGGGACCAUUUUUCCUGCAACAUAGGUACUUUAAUUAGAAAUAUACGCACAAAAAAAGUUUUGAGAUAAACCUAUCUGCUCUUCUGCUGCAUCCUUAAUUUAUUUUUAUAUUCAAGGUACUUUAUGCUAUGUUAAUAGCACAGUCCACCAUAUGACAGAAAUAUAUGUAAAGUUGCUUUGGCAGAAAGUAUAAGAUCUAGACGAGGAUAAUCACAUUUUCCUUUAAGCAGAAGAAUUAUGUAUAUACUAAAGAUUUAUAUCAUACAUAUCAGAGUUUUAUUUGAUUGGGAUUGUUUAAAAUGUUCAUUACCAUUGUAAUAAGAAAAUAUAAUAAGUGUAAUAGUUCUGUUUUUGGAGCUGCCACUCAUGAUGUGAUCAUAUUUUUUCUAUGCAUGAAAUCUGACUCUCCUCAGUCAUGUUUUUUAAAAUGUCUCAUCUCCAUAAGCCUGAGCUCAGUGUUAUUGUGGUUCAGUCAGAACUCUUAAAGAGCCCGAUUGAGCCAAAAGUGGACUUGGCUGAGCUCUUGUGAGUUCACGGAGAUGAGGCAGAAGUGUUGUUGAGAAAGCUGCGAUGGUCCAGUACACUGCCUGCUUUGUUUCAGUUUGGUUCCUUAUUUAAUUCCUACCUCGAUUAUUGUAUUAAUAUGCCCCCUUUGGAUCAAUAAAAGAUGGUUUUCUUAA